CAAAGCAGCAGGCUCAUUUUCCGGAAAAAGAAUAUCAAAUAUAAACAAUUAAGGAAAUUCUAAAGGGAAAUCAGAGAAAGGUUGUCACACUAAGUGUUUCAAAGAAAUAUUAACGUUACCAUAGACACCACUAUGGAGAAAUUAUAGACACCACUAUCGAAACUAACAACGGCAAAAUGUGAAAAAGAAACGACGAUAGGAAAACCAUCAAGGUGUCAUAAUUAAUUUCAAAGCGAUGUAUUAAAAUUUGUUUUAAAUAAUUGUCAAGGGAUGUAACGACCUACUAUAUCAUGGAAAUAAAUGUACAUACAUGUAUAUAGGAAGCUGACUCGUCGUCAUUUUGUAACUGAAAGAUGAAUGCAACUUUUGUUCCACAGCUUUUAGAACACAUCUGCUACCUAAGGUUACCAUCAGUAUCAGUGACCAUACCGAAACAGCUUUGUUUUUGCACUGACGUUCUGUAAAACCUGUUUUCUGUAAGAUGGAUACAUAAUAUAUACUCUAACAAAGAUGUUUAAUUGACUCAUUGGUCAAUUAUGACACCACAGAAUUGAGAUGAUGGCUAUCUACAAGCUUUAGUCGAUACUAAUGACAUUUUAAGUGAUGAACUUUUGUAUAUAAAGGAGUACGUAACGACUAUUGACAUAAACGAAGAGGAGGAUUGGACCUUUACAAAAAAGCAACACACAAGCAAGCUUGCCCGUGUAAACUUUGACAGGUUAUUAUUGCAGUUAUUUAAACGGUGGAUAUAACUAUACUCCAUGAAAUGAUGAAUGUUGUAUGCUAAGGAUAUAGGGUACCAUUAAAAAAGAUUAAAAAUUCUUGGUCGGAAUGGCGAAUACUUCUAACACGACGACGACAUACAGUGAAUAUGAAGCUGAGAAACUAAUAUGGAAAAUAGUUCCUCCAAUACUUUUGGUUCUUGGAACAGUCGGGAACUGUUUAUCUAUUCUCGUCUUAACGCGGGGAUCUAUUCGAUCUUCAACAACAGCUUUAUUUUUGACGGUCUUAGCGUUCUCUGACCUAGUCGUGUUGUACUCGGGACUUUUACGACAAUGGUUAAUUCAUUUAUUUGACACGGACGUGAGGAAAGUAAGCCCAUUUGGGUGCAAAUUAAACAUCUGGUUAGUAUAUUGUUCCUUGGAUUUUUCAGCCUGGAUUCUCAUCGUUGUUACAUUAGAAAGAGUGAUUUCGGCAUGGCUACCGCACAGGGCGCGAACAUUAUGUACGACUAAAAGUGCGAUAUCGUUGCUGAUUUCUGUAGGUGUUUUCAUUUUAGCGCUUAACGCUCACAUGCUUUAUGGAAUGGUAUUCAAAACUUCAACCGACGAAAAUAAUAACAUAGAAUAUCAAAAAUGCGUGGAAAUCGAUGAAGAUUACUCCGGGUUUUUCAAUGUCACAUGGCCAUGGAUUGAUUUUUGUGCGUUUUGCUUAAUUCCAUUUACAGUCAUUGUCAUUGGAAAUGCUUUGAUACUAUUUAAAGUUAUAAAUAGUCAAAGAAAAGUGAAAUCACGUAUUGUGCCCACAGCCGGAAGUGGGAACAGACAGCAGACGACAUCUAGCCAUAGCAGUAAACAGUCUUCUAUGACUGCAAUGUUAUUCACAUUAAACAUUGUAUUUCUGAUUAGUACAUCACCGAUCAGUGUAUACAAUAUUUGCUAUCCCUUUUGGACAGCAAACGCAAGUGAACACGACUAUGCACAGCUUGCCCUGUGGUGGGCUGUUGUUAAUAUGUUAAUGUAUGUAAAUAAUUCAUUAAAUUUCAUCUUAUAUUGCCUCAGUGGGUCCAAAUUCAGACUCGAAGUUAAACGAAUAUUUCAUUCCUUGAGGCAAAGACUAAUUACUGGCAAUAGACAAAUAACAACACAGUCUAACUACACACGAACGAAAGUUGACCAUACUUCUCCCCCGUCGCCAGGGCAUUCAGGAAAUAAACAGUUUUCUAAUUCCAAACACCAGAAAGAUGUAAAUGGUGUGGAAACUACAUCAUCAGGUCAAAAACAGAACACAAAAUUUUAGACAUUGUAACAACAGGCACCUUGAAAAUCGUCUAUAGUAUGUCCUACCAUACUUUAAAAAAGGAGAGAGUGGAACUGAUAUUCUUUCCACUAGUGCAUUGAUUCUUUAUGGCAUAUGUCCACCAGAAAGAAUGGAGAAAGGUCAUUACUUUAUCAUAAACAUAAUUGAAGUGGAGUUAAUACACUGACGGCGUGUUUCAGAAAAUGAUGCGAAUUGUAUGUCAGACUGGCGUUAAAAUUGUCAAAAUCGCAAAAAGAAUAAAGAACUCGAAACUGUGUGAAAUUGUAAUAAAACAUGGCAGCUAGGCAUGUGGACAAGGAUAUAUAUAACUUAGUUAAAUAUUACUUACAUUUUCUUAUCAGAAAGUGGAAUAUUUGAAAGAACGUGCAAAGGAAAUCUAAAAUAAACUACAUUUCUAUUUAACUAAGUACAUCAAGGUUUAUCCUUAUCUUAUUUCAUUGUAUGUUGUGUUGUCCUAUAAAAAGAUUGAACUAUUUCAUAUGUAGUGGUGUUGUUUCUCCGUAUUUGGAUUCAGUGUUGUUACAUUUUCUGGUCCUUUGGGAUCAUGGAGUCCAUUAAAUAUCUAUAAGAUAGAAUUCCGCUUAAGCCAGUGCCUUUCUCCUUUGAAUAUUCAUCCUUGUUUCAUAUUCCCCAAACAUCCAUCCCUUUUAUUUACCCCUUACCCCUUCCCGCCCCAUUUUCUGUAUUUUGAUUAUAAUUAAAAUGUCCUUGUUGGAUUUUAAAGCCGUCUACAAUAUUUUUCCGUCACAGCAUCUUUUUGUUACAGGCCUACUUUGCGAUGCAUGGCUCUAUGACCGUGUUUGGAUUGCUCUGUUCUUUCGGAAAUCUACCCUCAUCUGUUAUCUUUGGCAAUAAGUUUGGUAGCAAAUAUCAGGAAUAAAUUCAGUAUUUCAAAACUUUCAUAUUAAUAAGUUGUUUGUCCUUGACGCCAUCCUCGUCAGUGGAAACGGAGUCAGUAGUCAUUGGUACUGACAGACAUGUGAAAAUCAGGUUCAAAGCAGUAAUUUAACAUUUACAUUUAUAUCUACCAGUGUUUCAGAAGAGAGAAGAAAAGUUUUAAAUUAACAAAAUCUCACAACGACAACAACAGAUUUCUCUCUGGAAAUUCAAAUCAUUAUCAAAUGUAACGGGGAUGGAGGGGAGACCUGCGGAAAUAUACAAACAUAAGAAAUACUUAUUACUCAUAAACCUAAGUGUUGUAUGCAAAAUUUGGGCCUCGAGUAAAGAGAAAGCACCAAAUAUCGUACACAUAAAGUUUCUAAAUCACGAUGAUAUCGUGUGUUUAAAUGCAAAAUAUUAUUUACAUCAGAGAGAUAAUCCGUCAUAGAUCUAUUGCAAAGCAAUUAUUGGAUUGACCUGUAUUGGACAAUAAACAGUGUCGAUUGUAUUCAGGUCAACUGCCACAUUAUCAAAGUUUAUUAUUAACAUAUUUAAUAUCUUAAGCGAUAAUUAUUUUAUUUUACUGAUAAAAUAAAGAUUCUGCUUUUUUCUAAUUUCUAUGUAAUGAAUUUAACGUUACAUAUAUGUAUGUAAUAAUAUUAUCCGUCUUUAUUGUAUGAAGACAAGGUAGCUAGCGUUGAGAGGGGUAUUUUGUUACAAGAAAUUUAAACAUCACCAAAUCAAAAAUAACGGAGAGUUGUUUUGCAUGAAAAAUGAACAGUACAAUUUAUAACGCCUUCAUAUAACAGUAUAAAAUGCUUGUUAAUUUGCCGAUAAAUGCCUUGCGUUUCGUCUGGCUAGAAAGUUCAACGCCUUUAUACUAUUAAAUACUUCGGCGUU